UCCCCGUCCCAAUCCCGUUACUAGCCCGUGGCGGGCCCGGCCGGCGGGGACAGGAUGCCGGGGGAGUGGGAAGCUCCACAAAUGACUGAAACCUCCUUUCUGCCUGGACAUUGAGCUGAAGAAUUUCAUCAUGGGUCAACAGAUUUCAAACCAGACACACACUGCUAUUAACAAGUUGCCAGAAAAAGUAAUAAAACAUGCAUCUUUGGUUCGAGAAAGUGGCUUUCUGACUUAUGAAGAGUUUCUGGGGAGAGUAGCUGAACUUAAUGAUGUCACCGCAAAGUUGGCUUCUGGCCAGGACAAACAUCUGUUGUUUGAAGUGCAGCCAGGUUCUGAUUCCUCUGCUCUUUGGAAGGUGGUGGUUCGGAUAGUCUGUACUAAGAUAAACAAAACAAGUGGCAUUGUAGAAGCUUCAAGAAUUAUGAACUUGUAUCAGUUUAUUCAGCUUUAUAAAGACAUCACAAGUCAAGCAGCAGGAGUUCUUGCACAGAGCAGUGCCUCUGAAGGGACUGCUGCAAGUCUGUCACCUGUGUCAUCUUGCCAGGCCAGCUUAUGGAUGGGAAGGGUUAAACAGCUGACUGAGGAGGAGGAAUGUUGCAUCUGCAUGGAUGGACGUGCUGAUUUGAUCCUACCAUGUGCUCACAGCUUUUGUCAGAAAUGCAUUGAUAAAUGGAGUGAUCGCCACAGGAACUGUCCUAUCUGCCGUCUACAAGUGACUGGGACAAAUGAUUCUUGGGUGGUGUCAGAUGCACCUACAGAAGAUGACAUUGCUAGCUAUAUACUCAACAUGGUAGAUGAGGCAGGCCAGCCUCACAGACCAUGAUGUUGAUGACUACUGAUAGAAGUACUUGAAAGUUCAUUGUCAUGAACAUCUGCUUUUUCUUCUCAUUCCCAUUCAUCCAUACUUCAUUUCAUUUAGGUGUCUCUUUGGUUGCUGUAAGCUAAAGCUACACUAUUCUUUUAAAACACAGGGUAUAUGAGCUAAUAUGUCUGGGUGCAUUCUUAACUUUUAAUAUGUAGCUUCAUUAAAUGCUCUAAACUGUUAAAUCACUAACGCUUGUAAAGUUUACUUUAACAACGUCUUUUCUGACAAGAUUAAGAGCCAUUGGAAUAAUUUUAUUAGUAUUAAUUAUAACAUAAUAGCAUUGUGCACCAGCUUUUUGAACACCACAAAUGGAACUUUAUUAUAGAAGAUGCAGCAUCUUCUUAUUAAAGGGCCUGCCCUGCAGCCUUUUUCCUCAUAAGUAAUCCAUUCUCACACAGCUCGUCCCACUGACUUCAGUGGGAUGACUCACAGGAAUAAAGAUUGUUAACACGAGUUAGGAUUACACAAUUAUAACUAAACUGUGAAGUUUUAUUGCUGAAAUUUGAGAAGCAUCUUUUGCCCCUUCCCUCACCCGUGGUCAUUUGUUUCUGUUUAGUAUUUGUAUGUUUUGAGUUAAACCAGUAGUAAUUUUUAGUAUAGAAAAGUGUUUUAAAUCUAUUCUCAGAGAUUACAGAAACCAGCCGUGUCAACAUGUGUGCUUUCCCUUUUUCCUAGCAGAGUAAACCUUUUAGAAGGCUAUUUUAUCUGAUUUCUAAAGUUUCAUAGCUAACGAAACUAUGCUAAACAGCUUCACACACAAUCCCUAAGGUUAAAACAAUAUAUUUCCAUAGCUUUUUGAUGAGCGACAGCCAAAAAUUGUCUUGUGCACUAAGCAUAUCUGAAAAGAACUCACUUUACUGAAAGGCAUUGUACAGUAGCUGUCAUGGCUUUGUUUAGUCCUGAUGCUUUUCGCUUUCUCCAUUUUUCCAAGUCACAACAUUAUUCAUACUUUAAAAAAAAAAAAAAAGCUAAACUGGUGCUGUACUUUAUUUCUACAAGUGCAAUAUGCCUUUCUGUAGCAGAGAAACUUCUGCUUUGAUAACAAUAGCUUCAUUUUGCUUCCAAUAGAAUUUACAGCUCUGAAAAUCUGGUGAAAAGGAAGUAAUGAUAGGAGUUCACCAAGAUACUUCUGUAGUGUUUUUGCAGUGAAAUUAUUUAAGUUUAUAUUUUUUUAAAAGAAGUUUGUCAGUGCCAGUGCACAGGGAACAGACUUUGAAUUCUCUCAUACAUAAAUGACAUAUUGAGCUAAUAUAAUUGUUCUUCUUUUUUGCAAUUAACAAAUUGAACUGUUUUGACUUAACACUUGGAGUCAUACAGAUACACUUACAUGCAGUUGUUCCAUUGAAUACAAAUGGCAACAAAUUCUUGUAUAAAUUGCAGUUUCAUUUGCCAUACCUGUUAAAACAUAGUGUUGUUUCAGGCUAAAACUGUCAUGGCUAGGUUCUGCACUUACAGAUCCACAGUUUUUUGUGAAAUUUCGUACCGAAGAGUGACUAGUAACAAUACCCAGGGACCAAACCCUGGGAGUCUUACCUAUGUACCUGUCAAACUUUUGUACUUGGAAACUUGUACAGAAUACGACAAACAUUUGAGUUUGGCUUAUGGCAGAGGAGUCAGACUCAAAGAUAGAGUGAGCCAAGUAAGACUGACAUCCUGUGCAACUCACCCUCACAAUCGUUAUGGCUUAUUGUGUAAAUCUGUAUUUAGCCAUCUUAUAAAAAUCUGUCUGAGUUUAUAGAUCUAAAACAAUUAACUGGUUCCUCCUCUUAAUCCUAUGAUGUCAGUGAGUCCUUCUGGAUUCUUCAGAAAAACUGUGGAUUACUUGUUUGCACUAAAUAUUGUGGAGUAGUUGGCUGCACUAAAUACUAUGAAAACCUGUGCUGAAAAUGCAUAAUGUUUUUGGGUUUUUUCCACUAAAAUAGUAACAUUUCUAAACACAAACCAUUUUAUUCUUAUUCCUUUCUACCCAGCAUUAGUCCGCAUUCAGGAGGUUAAAAUAACCUUUAAAUUUUUAAGCUAUUUUUAUAUUGAACCACAAGCAAGCAUCUGAAAUCACUAAAUCCUCCAAUUGAUUUUAUUUUUUCAAACAUUAAAAGAAAUGAACUCCUGGAGUGAGAUUUUUGGUAUGCUGAUUCUCUGGUGAGGGCUUGUAUGUACUCACUAUAAUGUGACUUUGUAGUGAAUGCAGAUAGGUUGUUAACCAUAACAUAGUGACACCCAGCACUAACUAAAGCAAAAACUGUAAAUUUGUUUUAAAAGUGAAAAUGUAAACUUUAUAUUCUGUACAGCUUUUUAAAUUAAGCUUCUCUAAUGCACACUGUGAUGUAGUUACUGUAAUGUGUGCCUUGUAAAGUAUGUACUGUAUGUUAUAAAAGGAAAGUAUGUUAGCACUGAAAAAUAUAGUUCAGCAGUGGCAAUAUUUCAUAGUCUGAAAUACUACAUUUAGAUGAAUUCUAGAAAAGGAAAAAGCUCAAGUUAACUUGAACAUGGUAGUGGGUUUCAAAAGUCUGAUGUUUGAAUGUGAAUCAGUGUAAAUAGCUAUUGGUGGAGGCCGUAUGAAAUUGCUGUUUUAUGCUCUGUAUUUUAGCAUUAAAGUGAAGAUUUCUUAAAGGAUUGAUAUGGGGAUACAACUUAUACACUACUGAUUGUAUUGAUAGCUAAAGGCAUUCCAAUGUAUUGUAACUUGUGUAUGAAUUGUGCAAUAAAUACACUCUGAAAGAAAAUGUUAAAGGAAUUCCAAAUUUAAGGGA